AUGACUCCAUCGUCUCUUUACGCAUCAGCCUCAUUAUCGUCCUCGGUUUUCAUUCUAUCAUCCAAGUCGCCUUCGUUCAUCACCGCCGCGCACAAAAAGCAGAGAAAAGAGAAGAAAAAUUACCUAUAUAACGGUCGCCCACUCCGUGCCUCGCUACCCGACGACGAUAAAGAUAUUCCCAUUCGGUUUGAAUCGAUACAAGAUAGAAUAGUAGUAGCAGUAGUAGAGAGAAAUAAGAGGAGAAUGCCAAGAAGUACCGUGAAUGCCUAUUCUGCAGCGAGUGCCGCGAGCUCAGGAGGCUAUUAUGUUGCUUCCUCGGCAGCAGCGAUGAGUAGCGAGGACGAGAAAAAACUCUACACACUUACGCUUGCGGCGUGCCUGUCGAUGUUGGCAUUCGGUGCGGCAUGCGGAUGCAUCGCAGGAGCGCUCGUGUACGUUGAAUUCGGAACUCCUUCAGCGACGGUUUUUUUAAGUUCCGAAAUCAAAGGUGCAAUAGUUGCUGCUCUUCCGUUAGGCGCUGCUACAGCGUGUUUGGCGAUUGGUUCCAAAACAGUGAGCGAAAGGUUUGGCAGGAGAGAUAUUUUUCGGUUUGCAAAUGCGCUAUAUCUCGCUUCAGCUGCUCUCGCUUCUUUGUCGAAUUCUUAUACGAUCCUCAUCGUCGCACGCUUUAUGUCUGGUCUCGCGUGUGGGUGUUCAACGGCAAUAACGACGGUUUUCAUUUCCGAGUGUGUCCCGGCCAAAACACGAGGGAAGUACACCUCACUCUCGCCACUUUUCGGAACGGUCGGUUUAAUGUACGCAUUUGUGAUGAGUUUAGUCAUAGCUUCUAUAUUCGGGGUUGCUAAUUUGGAUGCCACCGCUGCAGUCAGUGUCACUGGAGAGGCUUCGUCUUCGCUCGUGUGGCGAUUGAUGUUACUGGUACCAAUUUUACCGUGUUUAGCUCAAGAGUAUGUUUUUAGAUAUAUGCCAGGCGCAUGUCCUGAAUCACCGAGAUGGUUAGCAAGUCGUGGGCGCUAUCAAGAAGCUCGUGGUAUUAUGAAAUCUUUAGGACAGACGUUGCCGUCGAACAGUGUCGCGAGCUUGGCGACUUCAGACGCGCGGCCGAUUGAAGAUGCUGGAUUUUUCGGAUUGUUCAAGUCAUCCAAACACAUCAAGGCAACGGGAGUCGCAUGCGGCAUGAAUAUGCUCCAGCAGUUUUGUGGAAUAAACGUGAUCGUUUACUACGCGCCAAAAAUAUUGAAUUCGUUAGGAUACGGUAAACGUGAAUCUAUUUUGCUCACAGUGAUAGUUUCUAUGGUCCAAAUUUGCUUUGGUACGUAUUUAUCGCAGAAGAUUGACGUCUACGGAAGAAAGAAGAUGGCGAUGAUUGGUAUUUGUGGUAUAAUCUCAGGCUGCGCUUUAUUAGCGUUCUCUUACUCUACUGCCGCUGGUAGUGUAAGCACUGGGCUCAUAGCAAUACUCGGCAUUCUUAUAUUCCGAGUUUCAUUUUCCUUAUCGUUGGGACCAAUACCAUACGUCGUAUCUUCCGAAGUUUUCCCGAAGGAUGCUCGAAGUUCUGGUGUUGCGCUUGCAACGCUCGUCCAGUGGCUGUGUAAUGUUCUCGUCACUUUCACAUUUCUAUCCUUUGUGGAUACUUUUGGUGCGUGUAAUGUUUUUGUAGCGUACACGUUCGUCGGUGUAUUAGCAUUAGCUAGCGUGCAUUACUUGCUUCCAGAGACGAAUCAACAGAAGCUGGAAGACAACUGA